AUGGCGCAGCAAGAAAAAUUCUCUUGUUCCAUCUGUUUGGAUCUUUUAAGGGAUCCGGUGACUAUUUCCUGUGGACACAGUUACUGUAUGAACUGUAUUAAGAACUUUUGGGAUGAAGGAGAAAAGAAACUCCCCAGCUGUCCUCAGUGUCGACGGACAUUCAUUCCGAGGCCUGAGUUGCUGAAAAGCACCAUGUUAGCGGAUUUAAUGGAGGACAUGAAGAAGACUGGACUCCAAGCUGCUCCUGCUGAUCACUGCUAUGCUGGACCUGAAGAUGUGGCCUGUGAUUUCUGCUCUGGGAGGAAACUGAAAGCUGUCAAGUCCUGUUUGGUCUGUCUGGCCUCUUACUGCCAGAAACACCUUCAACAUCAUCAUGAUGUGGUUCCAUUAAAGAAACACAUGCUGGUGACUCCCUCCAAGAACCUGCAGGACAACAUCUGCCCCCGUCACGCUGAGGUGAGGAAGAUUUUCUGUCGUACUGAUCAGAAGUGUAUCUGUUAUCUCUGCUCUGUGGAUGAACAUAAAGGCCACGACACGGUCUCAGCUGCAGCAGAAAGGACUGAGAGGCAGAGAGAGAUGGAGGUGAGUCGACGACAAAUCCAGCAGGAGAUCCAGGAAAGAGAGGAAGAUGUGAAGCUGCUUCAGCAGGAGGUGGAGGCCAUCAAUCAGUCUGCUGAUAAAACAGUGGAGGACAGUGAGGAGAUCUUCACUGAGCUGAUCUCUCUCCUCCAGAAGAGAAGCUCUGAGGUGAAGCAGCAGAUCAGAUCCCAGCAGGAAACUGAAGUGAGGAGAGUCGGAGAGCUGGAGGAGAAGCUGCAGCAGGAGAUCAGUGACCUGAAGAGGAGAGAUGCUGAGAUGAAGCAGCUCAGAGACAUCGAGGACCACAACCAGUUUCUCCACAACUACCCCUCACUGUCACCACUCAGUGAGUCCACACACUCCACCAGCAUCAGCAUCCGUCCUCUCAGGUAUUUUCAGGAUGUGGCCGCAGCUGUGUCAGAGGUCAGAGGUCAACUACAGGACAUCCUGGGAGACACGUGGACAAACGUCUCACUGGCCGUCACUGAGGUGGAUGUUUUACUGUCACAACCAGAACCAGACAGCAGAGCUGGAUUCUUGAAGUAUUCAUGUGAAAUCACUCUGGACCCAAACACAGUACACACACGGCUGUUACUGUCAGAGGAGAACAGAAAGGUGACUUGGAUGGACCAACGUCAGUCUUAUUCUGAUCAUCCAGACAGAUUCACUGGUUAUUCUCAGGUCCUGAGUAGAGAGAGUCUGACUGGACGUCAUUACUGGGAGGUGAAGAUGAAAGCAGAUAUAGUUGAUGUAGCAGUUUCAUACAAGAAUAUCAGCAGAUCAGGGAGGGAAAGUGAAUUUGGAUGUAAUGACAAAUCUUGGUCACUAGAUUGUUCCUCAGACAGAUAUGUAUUCACGUACAACAGCAUCAAAACCUCCAUCUCAGGUCCUCGGACCUCCAGAAUAGGAGUUUACCUGGAUCACAGAGCAGGUGUUCUGUCCUUCUACAGAGUCUCUGGAACCAUGACCUUCCUCCUUCACAGAGUCCAGACCUCCUUCACUCAGCCGCUCCACGCUGGAGUCUGGAUUAACGACGUUUUUGGAGGAUCAGCUGAGUUCUGUAAACUCAAAUAAGUCAUGAAGAUAAACGUGUUUCCUCUUCAUGUUUUUAUUGAUUUUCUUUUCUUCUCAAAGAUGAUCAUCCCAAACUCUGAUGGA